CACGGAACUAUUGUCGUCAUCACUGGUGGUAGAAUAAGUGAGUUGUUAUAUUCAAAUAUUUUCCAUCCGUUUUUAACUAGGUAGGUACUUGAUCUGCAGGAAUUGGAUUCGUUAUGACUAAGGGAACUGGGGGCAAAGCGGGUGCAUAUCCUCGGGCGACGAAGAGAAGUGCUCGAGACGCCGCCGCUCACCCGAGCACCAUCCGUAUACAAUGUGAUGUCACGGACAAAACCUCACUCCAAUCCGUCGUUGACUUCGUGACGAAAGAAAUGGGACACAUUGGGCUGGUCAUUGCCAACUCAUCUUCGACCCUCGAUAAUGUUGGAAUAGCGACUUAUCUAUCCUAUAACCCCGAAAGUACCUAUUCGAAGAUACCUCCGUCGAAGAGUCCACAUGAGCCCUGCACACCAACGUUGCCGGCAAACUGUUCUCCAUCCUUGCGUUCCUCGAGCACUUAGACACGGGCAACAAGCAGACAAUAAAAUGGGUGUCCAAGGCCCCGGAAAGGCAAGGCAUCGAUGAACCUUCAAUCCAAAGUCAGGCCAUCAACACCACCAAUCUCUCUGAUCUCGUUCGGGUCUAGCUUAGUGCUCUCGCCUAUGAGUGGGCAAGGCGACGAUUGUCCACCCCACCAAGCAUACAAGCACAAAUA